AUGGCCCAUCGCCAAGAUGUCGAGUUUCCGACGGUCGACGGCUUGAAGUUGCGUGGAAAUCUUUAUCCCGCCGCACAAAAAGGCCCUGGAGUCAUCUUAACCCCAGGGUUCAACUCCACCAAGGAGAUUUUCGUCGCAGAGAUCGCAGAGUUUUUCCAGCAUGAAGGGUUUACAGCUCUCGUGUUUGAUCCACGGUCAAUCGGCCAGAGCCAAGGGUCGCCACGCAACGAAAUUGAUCCAACCCGCAAUGUGGAGGACUAUCAUGAUGCGUUGACCUUUCUCAAAUCCCAAGAGCUCGUUGACAGUUCACGCAUCGCCUACUGGGGAUUCAGCUUCAGCGGCAUGGUGGCACUCAAUGCGGCCGCACUCGAUAAGCGCGCCAAAGCUGUCGUAGCCGUCUCUCCUCUCACCAUAUUUGAGUACCCCGGACAGAAGUGGCCCAAAGUACUGGCAAAAGCGAUGAGAGAUCGCGAAUCUCAGCUCAGUGGGAACGAGGCGUUCACCCUGCCUAUGGUGAAUGAGUCUGGCGAAAACCCGGCCGGAUUCGGUUCUGGAAUCGACAAGGAAGGAUUUAACCUGAUUGUGGGAGCCAAGUCCCUAGUGCCUGACUUCAGAAUGUCCACUACGUUGAAGAGCUACUAUCACAUCGCCGCCUGGCAACCUCUGGGAAUGAUUCCCUAUGUCUUUCCGACACCGGUCAUGAUUGUUACGCCGGAGAACGACAUUGUCUCUCCAGCCAAAAAACAGAAGAAUCUCAUCUUCGACCGGAUUGAGGGCCGGAACAAGCGCCAUCUCGUUGUUGCAGGGAAGGGACAUAUGAACGUAUUGAGUGGCAGCGAUUUCGCUAAGGUGCUUGGUGCUCAAGUCGAAUUUCUGAAGUCGGUACUCAGUUAA